UUUUUUUUUUUUUUUUUUUUUUUCCCAUCCCGACUUGCUGGCCUCCCCUCGUGGCUUCCUUCACUGCACUCGCUCAACCUCUUGCCUUUUGCAACUUUCUCCCCCAAAAGGCCUUCUUCCAUUUUCCCAUCUUCGGAUCUUCUUUCCACAAGCAGGAUUCCACUGUAUACCCUUUUGGAGAAAAGGCACGCCUGUCUCUCUCUCUUUUAACAACCUUCUAAUCUUUUCUGGAACCCAUCGAGCUACCCCUUUGGUCACCAAACCUCCCCUCCGAAAAAGCGCAGCUUCCCCCUGUCGCCAAAUCCAGUCACACCGACCAGGCCAAGAGAACCUCUUCCCUCUUUCAACUGUUCACACACUCGUUUACACACGCACCUCCCCACGGAAGCUACCAAGUCUUCCAUUCUCUGCUUCGCUCAACGAAAUCAAACCAUCACAUAACCCCUCAACCACAAUACCAUCAACAUGAAGGCCAUCAUUCUCGUUGGCGGCUUCGGCACUCGUCUUCGCCCUCUGACCCUCACCCUCCCCAAGCCCCUGGUCGAGUUCGCGAACAAGCCCAUGAUUGAGCACCAGAUCGAGGCCCUUGCUGCUGCUGGUGUCACCGAUGUUGUCCUCGCUGUCAACUACCGCCCCGAGGUUAUGGAGAAGCACUUGGCUGAGUACGAGAAGCGCUUCGGCCUGAACAUUACCUUCUCCGUCGAGACCGAGCCCCUCGAUACCGCUGGUCCCUUGAAGCUGGCCGAGAGCAUUCUUGCCAAGGAUGAUACCCCCUUCUUCGUCUUGAACUCGGAUGUCAUCUGCGACUUCCCCUUCAAGGACUUGGCCGAGUUCCACAAGAACCACGGUGAUGAGGGUACCAUUGUUGUCACCAAGGUCGAGGAGCCUAGCAAGUACGGUGUUGUUGUCCACAAGCCUAAUCACCCCACCAAGAUCGACCGUUUCGUCGAGAAGCCCGUCGAGUUUGUCGGCAACCGCAUCAACGCCGGCAUGUACAUCCUCAACACCAGCGUUCUCAAGCGCAUUGAGCUUCGCCCCACCUCGAUUGAGAAGGAGACCUUCCCCGCCAUCGUCAAGGAUGGUCAACUGCACAGCUUCGAUCUGCCCGGCUUCUGGAUGGACGUUGGUCAGCCCAAGGACUUUCUUACCGGUACCUGCUUGUACCUCACUUCCCUCACUAAGCAGGGUUCCAAGGAGCUUGCCUCCCCUUCAGAGCCUUACGUCCACGGCGGCAACGUUCUGAUUGACCCCUCUGCCAAGAUUGGCAAGCACUGCAAGAUUGGACCCAACGUGACGGUCGGCCCCAACGUCGUCAUUGGCGACGGCUGCCGUCUUCAGCGCUGUGUCCUGCUGCCCGGUUCCAAGGUCAAGGACCAUGCGUGGGUUAAGAGCACCAUUGUCGGCUGGAACAGCACUGUUGGCAAGUGGGCUCGUCUGGAGAACGUCACUGUCCUCGGCGACGAUGUGACGAUUGGUGACGAGAUCUACGUCAACGGUGGCAGCAUUCUCCCCCACAAGAGCAUCAAGGCCAACGUCGACAUUCCCGCCAUCAUCAUGUAAAACCAAACCAAACAACCCACAAAACACUAUACCCGGGCCUGGACGAACACUCUGAGGGUCCGCGCUCUUCACACUUCUUGUCUGCACGCCUGUUCUUAUCGACUUUCUAAUUCCAAGUUGCGAUACGAUUCACCACUCCACUCAUGAGUCUUCAAACUUGAAGAAACGGGGGGCGGAAACCAAACACUAUAUUUUUGGCUGGCGUCGGCAGGGGGAAUCAUUUGGCGAGCACAGAAAAGCACUUGGCUUUGCGAUGUUUUACUUUUUAUUUUUUCGUUUGGGAAAGAUGAUGGUCCCAAUUUCGUUACGAAUUGCAGACGAACGGUGUCGAGGGCUGUUUUCCCAGCUUGGAGGAUAUCUCCCGCGAUGUACCGUGAACAUGGAAGACUCCCAACCGUGGAGUCAUCUGUGAGACAGAUGACAAUAAAGAUGAUACCUGUG